AUGGACGAUCGACCGCUCAAGCGAGUGCGGAGCUGGAAGAUCAUCUACGAUGAAGCCUUGAGACUCGCCGUCGACGAUCCUCCGUCGGAGCUCGAACGCACGAGGAAGGAACUGGAAGCCACGAGAGCGAAGCUGGCGAGGACGGAGGCGACGCUCAAGACGACGGAGGCGACGCUCGCUCUGAAGACGAAGGUGGUGGACUCGUUCCUUCGACCUCAGCCCGUCGCGUUCGACGUCGACGGCAACGUCGCGUGCGUCGUGCUGUCGCACGUCUCGGACGUCAAGACCCGGCUCGCGCUCGCGCAGGUUGGGAAAGUCUGGCGCCGCGCGUCGAAGGAAGCCGCGUCGCUGCCCGCGUCUCUCGACUUCAGCCGCUGCAGUGGCUCGAUGUAUAUGAAGGAAAUGCACGUGCUAGACAUCAAUGGUCUGGACAAGCUCCCCGAGGCGCGUUUCAUGAGCCUUCUGCGUGAUGACAUGGGCUCCCGCGAUACAUACCAGUAUUUACUCGGACGGUACCACGGAAGGGCGUCGCGGUACGAAGAGGCGGCCGAGUGCUUUAAAAGCGCUCUUGCCGCGGGAGACCGCGAUGCCAAAUGCAGGCUCGGUGGGUGCUACUACUUGCUCGGUUGCAGGUACCACGCUGAGCCGAACGACAUUAAGGCUGUGGAGGUUUGGCGCAAAGGAGAAGCCUUAGGUUAUUCCUAUUCCCUUUGCUACUUCCAACUCGGGAACUGUUACGAGAUGGGCCACGGCGUCGCGAAAGAUAUGUUCAAGGCGGUCGAGUACUGGAAGAAGACCACGGUCGAAGGUAUCCCGUCUAUUGUCGCGCGUGCGAAGGAGAAGCUCGCGAGCUACGGUCACCGAAUCUGA